AGAACCCCCAUUCUCUACAAGCAAAGUCGAGUUUGGUUAAUUCAGCUUCCGUUGAUUCUUCACAAAGCAAGCUCUGCAUAUCAAUGACUGGGAUUUCCCACACCAAACCUGCAUCGGAAACAAUCGGUUGUUGUUGUUGGUCUGGACGGAUGUAUCUUGGUGGGAUUGUUGUUAAGGGCUCUUUGGCCAGCUCUUGGACACAAGGAACGGGGAGGGAAUUUCCCCAGAAUACUGCCUUUGAUUCCAUGCUUUUGAAAAGAGAUGCAGAUAGCAGGCUCGCAGCUUCUUGAUCUGACUCUUACUGAUUUUAAACAAGGCUACAAGCUUUGACUUUUAAAUAUGAAUAUGAAAAUAUGAUAAUAACAUAUUUAUGUCAAA